AUGGCUCAAGAAGCUUCCUCUUCCAAUACUUCUUCUUCUUCUUCUGGAUAUAGAUAUCAUGUGUUCUUGAGUUUCAGAGGCAAAGACACUCGCAAGACUUUUACAGACCACCUCUACACAGCCUUUGUCAAUGCAGGCUUUCGCACCUUUAGAGAUGACGAUGAACUCGAGAGAGGACAAGGCAUCAAGCCAGAGCUUGAGAAAGCCAUCAAACAAUCACAAAGCUGUGUCAUCGUGUUUUCGAAAGACUACGCAUUCUCCGAAUGGUGCCUUGACGAGCUUGUGAUGAUCCUUGAACGCAAUAAGAGGAGUGGCUCUCAGGAACAUGUAGUUUUACCAAUCUUCUACGACGUCGAUCCAUCCCAAGUGAGGAGGCAGACAGGAAGUCUUGCAAAAGCAUUUGCUGCACACCAAAAGAAUCAAUCUUUGGACAGGGUAAGCAGAUGGAGGGCAGCACUUGAAGAAGUUGCAGAUGUAGCAGGGAUGGUCUUACAAAAUCAAGCUGAUGGGCAUGAGUCAAAAUUUAUCAAGAAAGUUGUUAAAGUGAUUGAAGACAGACUAAGUCGCACGCCUAUAUGUGUUGCCCGACACCUGAUUGGAAUCCAUUCUCGGGUCGAAAAAAUCAAUCUGUGGCUACAAGAAGGAUCAACUGAUGUCAGCAUACUUAUGAUUUAUGGGAUGCGCGGAAUUGGGAAGACAACAAUUGCAAAAUAUGUUUACAAUUCAAACUUUAAAAGAUUUGAAGGAAGCAGUUUCUUGGAAAAUAUUAGAGAAGUUUCAGAACAAUCCAAUGGCUUAGUCAAGAUACAAAGGCAACUUCUUUCUGAUAUUUUGCAUGGAAGAAAAGUGAACAUACAGAGUGUUAGUGAGGGGAUAAUUAAGAUUCAAGAUACUAUUAGCUCUAAAAGAGUUCUUCUUGUUCUUGAUGAUGUGGAUCAUUUGGACCAAUUAGAUGCAAUACUUAGGAUGCAAGAUCUGUUUUAUCCAGGAAGUAAAAUCAUCGUAACAACUUGCUGCACAGGGUUGUUACAAGCUCAUCACAAAGUUAUUAAGGUCCAUAACGUUGCAACUUUGGGAUACACGGAAUCAUUGGAGCUCUUCAGUUGGCACGCUUUUGGGCAGGAGCAUCCUAUCGUAGGUUACAUGGCACAUUCGCAUAGGGUGGUAUGUCAGAGUGGGGGACUUCCAUUAGCUCUUAAAGUUCUGGGUUCUUCUCUAUCAGGAAAAAGUAUAGCUGUCUGGGAAAGUGCGUUAAACAAAUUGGAAGCUAUUCCAAACAAUGAAAUCCUAAAGAAAAUCAGAAUAAGCUUUGACUCUUUGCAAGAUGACCAUGACCGAAGUUUGUUCCUUCAUAUUGCAUGUUUCUUUAUUGGAAUGGAUACAUAUGUCAUUAGCAGAAUACUAGAUGACUGUGGAUUCUACACAACUGUUGCCAUUCAAAAUCUGAUUGAUAGAUGUUUGGUAACAAUUGAUGAAGACAAUAAGGUGGAGAUGCAUAACAUGAUUCGUGACAUGGGAAGAGGUAUUGUUCGCCUAGAAUCAGAAGAUCCAGGGAAACGUAGUAGGUUAUGGCAUCAUAAGGAUUCUUUCCAAGUAUUGACAGAAAAUACUGGUACACAAACAAUUGAAGGUCUUGCCCUCAACAUGCAUACACACCCUGAAGUAGACAUCCCUUCAAGAAGUUCAAAGGAACCAGUCGGUUUGGAAACCAAUGCAUUUGCAAGGAUGCACAAAUUAAAACUGCUUCAGCUUGGCCCUGUACAACUCAAUGGAUGCUAUGAAGAAUUUCCUAAAGGAUUAAGAUGGUUGUGUUGGCUUGAAUUUCCUUUGGAUUCUUUACCCAGUAAUUUUCCUUUGGAGAGGCUGGUUGUUCUUGAAAUUUGCUCUGGAAGCUUGAGACAAGUCUGGAAGGGAACAAAGUAUCUCCCAUCACUGAAGAUUUUAAAUCUCAGCCAUUCCAAUGCCCUCGCUGAAACCCCGGACUUUUCGCAUAUCCCCAAUCUGGAGAGACUGAUUCUUAAAGACUGUGGAAGCUUGGUUGAUGUCCAUGAAUCCAUUGGAGACCUAGAGAGACUCAUUUAUUGGAAUAUGGAAGACUGCAAGAAUAUUAGGAAGCUUCCAAAGAACAUGUGUAUGCUAAAAGCUCUUGAAACACUUAUCAUAUCUGGUUGCUCAAAUCUUAAUGAGCUUCCAAUGGAGAUGCGGAAGAUAGAGUCUCUGAAGGUAUUUCAUGCAGAUGGAGUUCCAAUACAUCGAUUACUCACCACCAAUGAGGAGGUCAACUUAUGGCCAAGAAAAACUCCAGAAAUUUGUUGGGCUUCUUAUUUACCAUGCAAUAUAGUAGAUUUAAGUCUUAGUGACUGCAAUCUUUCUGAUGGUGAUUUUCCUAGGGAUUUUGGUCAGCUAUCUUCGUUGCGAAGAUUAGAUCUAAGUCAUAAUCAAAUUUCUGGCCUACCAGAAUGCGUAAGGGGUGUUACCAGGCUCGAUCAACUCUCUUUUUACUCUUGUUGGAGGCUCAGAUCACUUGUAAGGCUACCAAGAGUUGUAGGAAGAUUGAUAUUGUCAGGUUGCUCAUCAUUGGAAAAUUUAUCAUUUCAAUCAGCAUGUCUACCAGAAAGCAUCCGUGUCGGCUCCAACUGGAGGCUACUUGAGAUUGAAUACUGCUAUAAGUUAGAACUCCUUGAAAAAGUUGAUGUAGAAAUGAUCAACCUUUUGGGGCUGAACAACUUAGAAUCUACCAAAAGCAUUAUGAUUUCCACCAUAUACGAAUCCCAAGCAAGUCCGAAGAACAUGUGUCCCAGCCCGAUCCUGGGACUAUAUCAAUAUGGGAUAUUCAGUACAUUUCUACCUGGUAAUGAGGUUCCAGGCCAGUUCAGCCAUAGGACUGCAGGGUCCUCAAUAUCUUUUACCCUGCCUUUACUUCCUAAUCUCAUGAUCAGAGGCUUGAACAUCUUUUCUGUGUAUGCACAAUCCAACAAUGAUUCUCCUCAUAAGAUUAAUGUCAAUUUCGAAAUAUUUCCAUAUCCCAUAAUCACUGAAGUCAGCAAUAAGAGCAAGGGCGUGAAGUGGAUCUAUGGCCCGGCAUUCUUUGGGGUUCCAGGUGACGGAGAAGACGCAAUAUGGUUAAGCCACUGGAAGUUUGGGAAUCAAUUAGAACGUGGCAAUGAGGUGACUGUUUCAUUAUUUACCGUACCUAAGCUUCAGGUAAAGGAGUGUGGCGUGCAGCUUGUGUACGAACAAGAAGAGAAGAUGAUGAGUAGCCAACACAACAACAACACAGAUCCUUUUUAUCCUUAUGUUAUUGGUGGAGAUUUGUCAAAUUUUGAGGUGAGGCCAGGAACAUACUUCCUUUGCCGUCUACCUAAAGGUCUUACAUCAACGAUUAUUGAUAUGGAUGUGCGAGCGUCGGUUUGGUCCAAUUACCUCAUUAGGGACUCUCUUCAAAUCACAGACAGAGAAGAAGAGCAGCAGGGUGACUGCACGCUUGCAGCACAGAGGAGUAGCAAUAGCAAUAACAGCGGUGGCAGAGGUUGGAAGGUGCUCAAUCUCAUCAUCGCCACUGUCUUCUUUCUCUCUGUUCCUCUAGUGGCUCGCUCUUCUCUCCUUCGGCCAAAGAAGCGUCAUGCUACAAAGAUCUCCGUAGUUUCGUUAUAG